AUGGCCUUGGAUGUGACUUCCGACGACGCGACCAUCCAAGCGGCACUUCAGAAGGCUGUCGAUACUUACGGCAAGAUUACCCACUGCAUCAAUGCGGCAGGUUAUAUCCUCUCAUCCGGUGUUGAAGAAGCUUCAGCCAAAGAAGUAUUCGACGAAUUCAACACCAACGUACUAGGUGUCAUGAACGUAACCCGCAACGUUCUGCGCCACAUGCGCGAAAGGCGACAGGGUGUAAUCGCCAACUUCGGCAGCCUGGGUAGCUGGCGUGGCGGAACCGCCUAUGGAUACUAUUCUGCGGUCAAAUUCGCAAUUUCCGGGUUCACAGAAUCGCUCCACGACGAAGUGAAGCCACUAGGUAUCGCAGCCGUUGCCAUCGAGCCAGGCUACUUCCGAACAGGUUUCCUAAACCCAGGCGGUGGGAACCGCUUGGGGCCUGCCCACCCUCUAGACGAAGAGUACAAGGACACGGCUGUGCCUUCGCUCAAGAAGAUACUCAACCAAGUCGAUAACAAUCAGCCCGGCGACGUUAAGAAGGGCGCCAAGGUUAUUGUCGAUGUAUUGACUCAGACUGGCGUUGCGCAAGGCAAGGAGAUCCCCAUCAGACUCAUUCUCGGCGCCGAUGCAUUGGAAGUUAUUAGGACGAAGAUCGCCGAUACUGAGGCUAUCAUCAAGGAGUGGUACGAUGUGAUUGUUAGCACGGAUCAUGACGAUGUCAAGAAAUGA